UAUAAAUUUAUUGUUUCGUUCCAGUGUUCGUUAUUAGACCGCCCUGAAGUUUUCCAUAAUUUCAUUCAAAGCUAAAAAUUUCCUCAGUUUUUUUCAUUGUGGAUCAAAUUCUACAUCCCUAUAGACCUACACAAUUAAAAUUCAAUUGAAUUUCAUAUAUUUUCUGAUAAAAUAUCAUAAUAAUUUUCAUUUGAUUAUUAAAAGACCCAAAUUACAUAACAGUAGUUAUAUUGUAAUGUUUAAGAAAUUUCAAUUACCUAGACUAGACACACACCUUUUUAUUUUUACUUUAUUGUUUUCAUACUAGUUUAUUUUUUAUUAUUAAUAUUGAUAAUGUUUUUACCUUGUUUAUUAUACUUCGAUUAUCUGAUCAUACACUACUGGAAACAUGAUCAGUAUACUUUCCAAGAUACUAUUUAAUUUUUACUUAUGUAAUUUGUGAUUUGAGGAGGAAAUAAAUUAAUUUAUUCAUUAUUCAUACAUACAUUUUGCGAUCAUUUGUAAAAGUAAUUUUGACUUCCAACGUGUAGCUUAUUCACAUGUGUAUACAUGACACUUUAUUUUUAUACUAAUUCAAGGAAUAUAUUAUACAAUUGAAUUAUUAAUUUUGUUCUUUCCCAACACAGAAAUUUCGAAAAAUGCGUCAGAUUAACAGAAUAUUCGGUACUUGUAUUGAGCAUCAAUAUGGUUCUAGAUUCCUGCUUUAGUAUCUUCUACGUGAUGCAGAUGGAGAAUUCGAAAGUUGUUAUGAGUUACGCAUCUGUAUUUUUCUUCAGCAAUAUAUUUCUUCUUCUUUGCUAUUAUAGUGGUCAGCAAAUUUGUGAUCAGAAUGAAAUAUUCCGAAGACGUCUUGCUGAUCUUCCGUGGAUCAACAAGCCCAAGUGGUUUAAGCAAAGCAUGCUAAUUAUGAUGAGUCGGGCUAAUGUUGACACUGAGAUAAAGCCUUAUAGAAUGUUCGUCAUGAACCUCACAACGUACAAAGAUUUGAUGAAAGCUGCUUUCUCGUUUGGAAAUAUGCUCUACACUUACAAAAUGGCAGGUAAAGAAGAAUAAAGCAGGUUGAGAAGGACAGUAUUAAUAGACCCUCAACUCUGAUUGAAAUGACACGU